ACAACGUGCCAUGUCUCACCGACGUGCUGCGUUAAAACAGGCGCGUCAAACAUCACCCUACCCCGGCAUCCACGGAUACUCCGCGGUUUACACCCGAGACACCCAGCAGUCAACAAGACAGGGUCGCAACUAUUAUGAAACGGAGAGCAGUUGAUCCGGCCGAAGAAUCCUCUACGUCGAAUAGACGGCGACAACCACAGACCUCGUGCGACUCGUGCCGGAAGCGGAAGCUCAAGUGCGACCGCGGACAGCCAUGCUCGAGCUGUGUUGCACGGGAGUUGCCCUGUCAUGGGCAACCAAGUGCCAAAAUGAUAAGGGUGGACCAGAGCCCCGACCCAUCGUUAAAUCAGAGCAUCCUCCGGAGGCUUCGCGCCCUUGAGGAAGCCGUCUUUGACAACCACAACCACAAGGACAGGCAAGCUCACCCGGAGCAGAGCUCGCAACCUAGUGUUGCCAACACGCCGAUGUCAUCCGCAAUGGGAACCGAUGGCCCCCAACCGGCGCGGGGAACAGCAGUGAUGCCGCUUGGCCGUCUGGGGAGCCUCAAGUUUGGCGUUUUGUCUCCUGCUCCGUCCAAGGACCCGGUUGCUUUCUCCAGCUGUCCAUCCGUUGAACAAGGUUGUGUUCGGAUGAUGCCUCUGGAGCAGGCCAUGGCAUUAUUGCAAGACUACCUCGAUCAUGUGUACCCCCUUCUCCCCAUCAUCCACGGCCCGACGAGCCGGGAUCUCAUCAGAACGUUUUAUGAUGGGCUUUCCCGCGGAGGGCAAGUCACACCGCAGGUCGCGGCUCUCAUAUUGGGAAUGAGUGCCAUCAGCGCCUAUUUCUGGCAGCCCGACACCGGACACCAUGCCUGGUUCGCGUCCUCCAAAGAUGCCUCCGAGGCAUCGAAUAUCUGGCGGAACUGGGCAUCCGACAUCUUGGACAACACGCCCAAGGAGCCGGGCAACAGCACGUUGGAGGGGGUGCAAGCCUGGACCCUUCUCACCUUCAUGGUUCAAAACGUCGAGGGUUGUUCUACCCGCUUUCGAUUCCUGCACUAUUGCUCGCUUGCCGCUGCCCGCGAGCUUCUGAUUCAUGUUGUCGAUAGCCCGAAGGCGGACCCCAACCAAGACCGUGUCACUCGUGAACUGAAGCGAAGGAUUUGGUGGUAUAUCGCGGGAACGGACUGGCUUCUUGGAUUCAUGGGCGGCCCUACCGAAGGCACAUACUCCGUUCAGCUACGGCACAUGACGGUCAAGUAUCCGAGGAACAUGAACGACAGCGACAUGGGGACGUUCGACGACUCGACCAGCGCGCCCGUCAACAUGUCCACUCAGAUGUCGUACUUUCUCCAGAGGGUACGCAUCGGCGAGAUCAUCCGGGAAGUGCUGGACACCAGCCACCCAGGGGGCCCCGACGUCGACAUCACCGACUACGACAAGGUCCUUCAUCUCGACCGCCUAUUCGAACAAGCUUUCAUGGAUCUACCCCCGUUCUUCCGAGGCCAAUGUCAACCGUCACCCAGAGAGCUUGACACGCUCGAGCUGCAGCGCGUCAUGAUCCAGCUCGGCCUCCUCGCGCGACGCGCCCGGCUGCACCGACCCUUCCUCCUACAGCAGUGCCGAUACGAGCCGCACCACCAACGGUCCCGCGACAUAUGCCUCAAGUCCACGCGGGAUGUGGUUGCGCUCGCCAUCAGUACCUUGCAGAACUCGUUGAACAUGGACCAAGCCGGUGCGGCGGCCGCCGACCACAGACGACCUAGGAAGACGGGCUCCUCCACCCACCGGCUUGGUCUCGUCAUCAACCACCUCUCGACAUCCUGCACCGUGCUCGCCCUGUACAUGGCCGGCGCGAACCCCGCUCCUCCUAAUAGAAAGAACGACAACAUCAACCACUCCAACUCCCCAACAGAAUCACCCACCGCACCACCCACCGCGCUACCCACCCACGGGCAACCCAACAUCCCCACCCCAACAUCAACAACCGCCAACGCCAUGGGUGGUAACACCAACACCAACACUACCCAUGACAACAACCCGGAAGACGCCGCCGCCAUAUCCGACGAGCUGGGACAGGCGUGCCGCGUGCUGGGCGCCCUGGCCGGCGAGUCGCCCGCCGCCGCCGACACGCUGCGGAAUCUGGUGGGGUUACUGAAGAAGUAUCGGGCGCAAGGGGAGGUCGGUGUCGGUGUGGGCGUUGACGGCGGGGGGAUCGAGCCGGGACAGCUAUUUCAACCUCAGGGGGGGCCGGUGGUGGGCCGGCAUAUGGGUGGGAGUGGGCAGCAGCAGCAGCAGCAUGUGGGGGCUUUACCGGGGCAGGGACAGGGACAGCAGCAGCAGCAGGGGCUUGGUGAUGUGGGUGGUGAUGAGGGGCUGCAGUGGCCGGCGAUGCCGGAGCGGUUUGUUACAGACGCCGCUGUGGUUGGGGAUGUGGUGCCGUCCAUGACCGGGGGGAACGCAGAUGGGGCGAUGGCAGAGGAUGGGGGGCCGUUGAGUCUGGACGGGCUGUGGGACGGGUUCGUGAUGGGCUCGAGCGAGGACUAUAAUCAGCUGUUUACGGAUUUGGAUUAUUAUUGCGGGAUCUUCUGA